GUGUGAACACUAGGAGCCGAGGCCACGUGACAGCAGCAUCCGUUCUGAGAAGGAGAGGCUCAGUGGGGGAAAGAACUUAACUACUAAAAUAAACAUGUUUGUGGCUCGUAGCAUUGCAGCAGAUCACAAAGAUCUAAUCCACGAUGUUUCCUACGAUUUUCACGGCCGGAGAAUGGCAACGUGUUCAAGUGACCAAAGUGUCAAGGUUUGGGACAAGAGUGAAAGUGGGGAGUGGCACUGCACUGCCAGCUGGAAGACACACAGCGGGUCAGUAUGGAGGGUGACAUGGGCCCACCCUGAGUUUGGACAGGUGCUGGCCUCCUGCUCCUUUGACCGAACAGCCGCUGUGUGGGAGGAGAUAGUUGGGGAGUCUAAUGACAAACAGAAGGGGCAGAGCCACUGGAUAAAGAGGACGACUCUGGUGGACAGCAGGACGUCGGUGACGGACGUGAAGUUUGCUCCUAAACACAUGGGUCUGAUGCUGACCACGUGCUCAGCAGACGGGGUGGUGAGGGUCUACGAGGCUCCAGACGUGAUGAACCUCAGCCAGUGGUCCCUGCAGCACGAGAUCUCCUGUAAACUCAGCUGCUCCUGUAUCUCCUGGAACCCCUCCAGUUCUCGCGCCCACCCUCCCAUGAUAGCAGUGGGAAGUGAUGACAGCAACGUGAUGUACGGUGGGAAGGUUCAGAUCUACGAGUACAAUGAAAACACUAGGAAAUAUGCCAAAGCCGAGACAUUGAUGACGGUGACUGAUGCCGUGCACGACAUCGCCUUCUCCCCUAACCUGGGGCGGUCCUUCCACGUGCUCGCCAUAGCAACCAAAGAUGUUCGGAUCUUUAAGUUGGUACCUUUGCGUAAGGAGAGCAGCUCAACAGGCCCUACUAAAUUUGAGGUUCAGAUCGUGGCCCAGUUCGACAACCACAACUCCCAGGUGUGGAGAGUCUCCUGGAACAUCACUAGCACCUUGCUGGCCUCCUCGGGAGACGACGGCUGUGUCCGACUCUGGAAAGCCAACUAUAUGGACAACUGGAAGUGUACAGGCAUCCUGAAGGGAGACGGAAGUCCAGUCAACGGGUUGUCAGGACAACCCGGUGCCAUGAGUACCAUGGUGGGGUCCACUGUCCAGACCUCCCAGAAUGCACUGAACGGCUCUGCUGCAGGAAGGUAUUUCUUCCCCCCUCUGGAUGCCCCCAGGGCAGGGUCCAGGUACGGCCACCUGCUGCCUCCCCCUUCUCUGAUAGAGCACUCUGAUGCCCAGUUCAGCCCCCACAGCCAGCUCCCCCAGUCCCCCAUGGCCAUCCAUGGCCAGCCCCCCCAAUCCUCUCUGUCCCUGCACAGACUGUACUCACACUCUAGAGCCCUCAACACCCUGCCUGAACACGAACCCCUCAACACUGACCCUCCAGACCCCUCAACACCCUGCCUGAACACGGCUGACCCUCCAGACCCCUCAACACCCUGCCUGAACACGGCUGACCCUCCAGACCCCUCUACACCCUGCCUGAACACGGCUGACCCUCCAGACCCCUCAACACCCUGCCUGAACACGGCUGACCCUCCAGACCCCUCAACACCCUGCCUGAACACGGCUGACCCUCCAGACCCCUCAACACCCUGCCUGAACACGGCUGACCCUCCAGACCCCUCAACACCCUGCCUGAACACGGCUGACCCUCCAGACCCCUCUACACCCUGCCUGAACACGGCUGACCCUCCAGACCCCUCUACACCCUGCCUGAACACGGCUGACCCUCCAGACCCCUCAACACCCUGCCUGAACACGGCUGACCCUCCAGACCCCUCAACACCCUGCCUGAACACGGCUGACCCUCCAGACCCCUCAACACCCUGCCUGAACACGGCUGACCCUCCAGACCCCUCAACACCCUGCCUGAACACGGCUGACCCUCCAGACCCCUCAACACCCUGCCUGAAUACGGCUGACCCUCCAGACCCCUCAACACCCUGCCUGAACACGGCUGACCCUCCAGACCCCUCAACACCCUGCCUGAAUACGGCUGACCCUCCAGACCCCUCAACACCCUGCCUGAACACGGCUGACCCUCCAGACCCCUCAACACCCUGCCUGAACACGGCUGACCCUCCAGACCCCUCAACACCCUGCCUGAACACGGCUGACCCUCCAGACCCCUCAACACCCUGCCUGAACACGGCUGACCCUCCAGACCCCUCAACACCCUGCCUGAACACGGCUGACCCUCCAGACCCCUCUACACCCUGCCUGAACACGGCUGACCCUCCAGACCCCUCAACACCCUGCCUGAACACGGCUGACCCUCCAGACCCCUCAACACCCUGCCUGAACACGGCUGACCCUCCAGACCCCUCAACACCCUGCCUGAACACGGCUGACCCUCCAGACCCCUCAACACUGACCCUGCCUGAACACGACCCCUCAACACCCUGCCUGAACACGGCUGACCCUCCAGACCCCUCAACACCCUGCCUGAACACGGCUGACCCUCCAGACCCCUCAACACCCUGCCUGAACACGGCUGACCCUCCAGACCCCUCUACACCCUGCCUGAACACGGCUGACCCUCCAGACCCCUCAACACCCUGCCUGAACACGGCUGACCCUCCAGACCCCUCAACACCCUGCCUGAACACGGCUGACCCUCCAGACCCCUCAACACCCUGCCUGAACACGGCUGACCCUCCAGACCCCUCUACACCCUGCCUGAACACGGCUGACCCUCCAGACCCCUCAACACCCUGCCUGAACACGGCUGACCCUCCAGACCCCUCAACACCCUGCCUGAACACGGCUGACCCUCCAGACCCCUCAACACCCUGCCUGAACACGGCUGACCCUCCAGACCCCUCAACACCCUGCCUGAACACGGCUGACCCUCCAGACCCCUCAACACCCUGCCUGAACACGGCUGACCCUCCAGACCCCUCAACACCCUGCCUGAACACGGCUGACCCUCCAGACCCCUCAACACCCUGCCUGAACACGGCUGACCCUCCAGACCCCUCAACACCCUGCCUGAACACGGCUGACCCUCCAGACCCCUCAACACCCUGCCUGAACACGGCUGACCCUCCAGACCCCUCAACACCCUGCCUGAACACGGCUGACCCUCCAGACCCCUCAACACCCUGCCUGAACACUGCUGACUGGGAGGAAACACCCAACAUCAUGACGGAGAGUUUCAGCAACAUCGAGGAUGAGGCAUUCCCCAGUUUCCUCUCUAGCUCUGUGGGCAGCAGCCGUGCCACCCUGGGGAACAUCACCCUGGCCUCCACCCUGGGGCUGCCCGUAGCUGCCUCCACCGUGGCUAAAAUUAGAGCUGGGGCCGACAACAGAGUAAAUGCUGUCCAGGCUUCCUAUCUGGAGGACGGACGGCUCUCUCUGGCUGACUCUCAGUCCAACAACAAGGAACAGGGACAAUUCGCUCUCAGCUUCAAAGAUGAGCUAGAUGAUGCAGAUGACUUCAUAGCAGCCCACCAGUUCUCAGACAUGCUGGUGAAGGUGAAUCUGGACGAGACCGAGCCCAGGACUGCAGCCUCCUCCCUCGGCCCCAACACCCAGACUGGACCUCUCCCUGGAAGACACUCUGACCAUGGAGACGAUCUCUCUACGGGGCGGCUGGCCUUCACCAACCUGGUUAAUAGGGACUUUAUGGAUCUAAAGGUCGGAUCCCUCCCAGGCACCGUGGAUGACCAGAGUCUGGCCAGUGACGGAGCCGACAGCGACCGCUUCAGUGGGAGUGUCUCCAGCUUCCUGGCCAAUGAGAAGCUCAUGUCUGUGGACAGCAUGAACAGUGAUGUCACAGAUGACGAUGUCGACGUGAACGACCUGCAGGAUGAAGAUCUGGACCUGUAUUUAAACCAUCUGGUGAACCCUGCCAUGCAGAGAGGACGGGUGGAGGGACAAGAGAUACCUGAUGCUGACCAGCCAGCCAACCAAGACUAUUCAUCUCAGCCCGGCUCUACAGAACCACAGAAGAACAGAUACCAGUUCCUGGAUGACUAUGAUCAGGCUUUCCGGAUGCCAGACGUACGGCUGGCUGCUACAGGGAUGGACUCGUGUCCCGGCAGUGAUGAGGAGGACACUGAGGAGGAGCUGGAGGCAGCUCGGAGACACACUUCUACCAGACACAGACUCCUGCUGUCCAGCACCUCCCGACAGCUGGUGGGGGAGAGCUACCGUUCCAGCUUCAGACCUGGGCUGGAGGGAGGCAGCUCUGACGAAGAAGUUUUCUCUGGGCGUAACCCUCUACCUGGGCUAGAACACCGAUACUCUGCGGAGGGCCAAGUCAUCAACACUGUAACAGGAGGAGGAGGAGACGGGAGCAGUGGGAGUGAGGAGGGAGGGAACGAUGGCGUGUCCGCUCUACCCCUGUCCUCCUCGGCCCAGACCACCUACGAUGUGCUGCGGGGCCUGGGGAUCCUGGGGGCCAGCGUGCCGGGAGAGAAUGCCCAGGACCCUCACUCUCUACUGGGGCUGAGCCGGGGCAGCGUGAUGGGUGACCGCGUGGGGCCGGUGGGGACUGGAGAGACCAGCGCUGGGCCCCAGAGGAUGUCCCCUGUCAACUGGAGUAUGGCCUUAGACCGACAGGAGGCGCUGGAUGCCAUGGACAGUACAGAGUCUACGGUGGCAGGGGAGGGUCAGGGUUUCUUGGAUUCUAUAUAUCUGAGGACUGGUGCUGGACACUGGAGACCCCAGGACAUGACCUCUCACCUCCAGACCACACAGAGCAGCUUCCACCUCUCUCAGGUGCUUCCUUCGCUUAGUGAUGAAGAGGAGGAUGGGAGGGGGAGGCCUGCUGCCCUGGGGCCAAGAGGAGGUCCAUGUGGGGACUCCUCUGCACCUCCUGGUCCUCCUGGCCUGUCAGACACGAGUCGGGGUGAGAAGGAUCUCCUCUACAUCUCUCUGGAAGCGAAGUACCUCUCUCAGAGCUUCCAACAGGAGGACUCCUCGCACUCUGACAGCGACUGGAACCACUGCCCCGAUAACCUGGACUUCCAACCGGCCUCUCACAGUGUGGUCUACCAGAACGAGGAGGGGAAGUGGGUGACGGAUCUGGCUUACUACUCGUCCUUUGAGAAGGAGGUGGAUGGAAACCAGCUGCCGGAGGUAGCAGACCAGUUCCAGGCUGAGGACUUUGUUCCAGGCAGUAACGCCAUAGAGAAGAUCAUAGAAGACCAGAAGGAGUUUGAGAAGGAGAACCAGUUCAUGCAAGAGGAGGUGAUGGAGCCCGCCUCCACCAGUCCAGGUUUCCUAUCUGACACGUCCUGGAGACUCCCAGCCAGCAGCCACAUCCUGAUGAGGGCCAGCCAGGUGUCCCAGGAGCUGGACAGAGGGAACCAGAGCUACCUCCGUCUGUCUCUAGGGACCUUCUUCCAGCAGCGCUCUGAGGCCCUGGGCUGUCUCGGGGACGACCGGGAGGACGAUACAGUCAAACGGCCGUCGUUUGGUUACGUCAUCACCUCUCCAGAGAAGAGGGAACCGUUUCCUCUGAUUCAACCGUCAGACUUCCUCUCUCAGGACAGCUCGGUCCACAACGACACCCGCACACACACUGACCACGACCGCACCAUGAACACGGAGGACUUGGACAAGACUGUGGAGGCAGAUCCAGACAGGGUGUCACCUACAGGAGAUGACGAGCCAGAGCCUUGUGAAUCAGCCUCCUCCCCUCUCCCAGAGGCCCUGUUCUCCCCAAGCCAGACCCUUCCCUCACCCUCCCCCCUCCCUGAGGCCCUGCUCUCCCCCAGCCAGACUCUUCCCUCAGCUUCCCCCCUCCCUGAGGCAAUGCUCUCCCCCAGCCAGACUCUUCCCUCACCCUCCCCCCUCCCUGAGGCCCUGCUCUCCCCCAGCCAGACUCUUCCCUCAGCCUCCCCCGGCAGCCUGGGCCCCGGCACAGACCAGUCCAGCCUCAUGUUGUCUAUCAGCACCAUUGCCUCGGCCAUCGCUGAUGCCUCCCUCUCCUCAGAGCCCUCCCAGCUGGCUGCCAUGAUCAUGGAGCUGUCCAAGAGGAGUAGGGUACAGAGGCAACACCAGGAAGGUGUGCCGAGUCCACCGCCAGCCGCUGUCCUGGAAGAGCAAACACUCAGCCCUAACCAGGUUCAACUGGACCAGCCCAGCCCUAACCAGGUUCAACUGGACCAGAGAAUCCUGCUGGAGACUCUACAGAGGAGCCAGUGUGCCGGGGACCUGCUGGAGACUCUACAGAGGAGCCAGUGUGCCGGGGACCUGAGUGCCUUCGACAUUGAAAAGUACCUGAAGCAGACCGAGGUAUUCACCAGCAGCGACAGUGACCAGUCAGGCUCCUCCCACUACACUGUUGACUUCCUCGGCUGGGCCGACAGCCUCAACUCCUCCCACAGGAAGUCCCAGGCUCCAUCACUUGUUGUUACUGUGGAGAACGAGAGCUCGGGUUAUCAACACCAGGCUACCGAAUACCAGGCUAACACCAAGGGAGAUAUCUCCUCUGGCGUAGAGGCUAAGGCAGGUUUGACACAAGGUUACCCUGCUGCUAUGACCCGUCCAGUCUCUGCUGGGCCACAUCCAGGUUCUGGUCAGAGUAGAGUCGGCCCGGCGAACAAGACGGAGGCGAGGAGGAGUUCCAUCCUCCGUCCCAGGGCCAGUUCCAUUCCUACAGCCUCUGGUAACCCAGCGAGGAGGUCUGUGGGCUCUGGUCAGUUCUCCUCAACCACCAUCUCCACAGCCAAACCAGCUGCUAACAGGAAGGCUGUAGGGAAUAACAGUGAGCCCCAGCCUUCUGGUGUACUGAGCAGGAGCAACACAGAGAGUGGUGGGGCUGAACUAGGAGCAGUCCGUCCAACACCCAACAACACCCCAGCCCAGAAGGUAGAGGACCCCUCCGCAUCUCCUGCCCCAGGCCCUAAGACCUCCCCUGGUCUGAGGAAGGGUCUGUCAGGGCCGCUGUCCCUCAGAGACAUCACAUCCCCCUCCCAGAGAACCAGGAGGAGCACAGUGAAGACCCACGCUACAGAGAGCAGUACAACCCAGCAGGAGAAACCCAGUGGCCUGGAGAAGAGUGUUGGAGAAGCUCCUCCCAACCCUGUGGCCAAACAUGUUGGUUUUACUUCCUCGUGUCACAGCCCCCAGCCUGCUGCUGGACACCGGACGUACGAUGUGUCUCCAGGUACUCCUGUCCAUCAUGCCGGAGGACCAGAGCAGAGCCAGUGCACCUUCAGACCCUCCACCUCUCCUCUCACCCACUCCUCCCCCUCACAGACCUCCUUCCCCAGCCAAGAAGGGACUGUGUCGCCCCCCUCCCCCAGUGUAGGGGACAGGAGACGUCCCGGUGAUCUCACUCCUCCCCGGUCUGAGUGGAGCUGUUCCAGUCCCAGCCUCAGCAGACUGACAUACAUCUCUCUGAAUGACAGCACGGCGCUCAACACAACCGGCGUUCCAACUCCUGACAGACACAAGAGUCAUGGCACCAUGUCUCUGAGCACCACUAUCAUCAGGGCCAGUCCCACCCCGCCAGUAGAAGGGGCUGAUACCCAGAGUCCUACAGGUCAAGAGCUACCUCCUCACCGCUCUACAGACGUCCUCUGCCCUCCUAGACAGUCCAAUAACCCAGAGUCUCCUCACCACUCGAACGGUCCUCGUAGUGGCUCGGUAGACCUGCGGAGUGGUUCCGGUCUGGGCUUCACACGCAGCCAGAGUGAGUGUAACUAUCACUGUGGGAACAAUAGAGACUACAACCAGCAGAAACGCCACUCUGAACCCAACUCACACCUUCUCACCACGUUGGAUUCUGGCUACUCCAGCAACCUGAACAUCCAGCAGCCCAGCGGUAUGGGUGGCCAGGGGAACCAGCAGUGGUCUGGAGUCUCAGCCCAGGGGAGUGAGGUCUAUCCUGGGGCCAGGACGGGCUUCGGCCUGCCUUCCUCCGAGGACCUGUGCUACAUGCCCAUCUCCAGCUUCAAGCCCCAGGGCUCCAUGGUGGACUUGCCUCCAGGGGUCCCUAGCCUCCUGACGGGGCGCUCCCUCUUCAGUUCCCAGCUGGCACAGCAGAACCUGGGCUCGGAUGGAGCUCUACACCCUGGUCUCCCUCUGCCUGCUCCCUACCACCACAUGGCAGUAGCAGGGAACGGCCUGUAUGGUCACGCUAUGUCCUCACGGUUAGGACCCAACGUUGACCCCUCAGUCAGACACCUCCACAGCUCUGGGGGUCUGGGUGUCUCUGGGCCAGGUGGACCAGGAGGUCCCGGGGGUCUGUACCACUGCUCUAACCCCCACCUCAAACCCUUGGACCCAGGACUGAUGGAGGGGAACCCUUACAACCAACACUGUGUAGCCUCAUGGUCUGACGGCAGCCUUCCUGAACCCACAGCCCAGGUCGUGAUCCCUGAGGAGCUGCGGUUCCCCCAUGCCUGCUGUGUGGGCAUCUCCUCUCAGACCUCACUGGGCAUCUUCAACCCCUCCGAGCGCUGGCAGCAGGUCUCCAUCACCGUCACCAGUCUGGCCAUCAACGGAGAGAAGGUUGAUUCAUUCCCGUACCAGUGGCUGAUAGUGAAGAACAAGACCAUCAUUGGCCCUAAGAGCACGGAGGAGCAGAAGGUGUUGUUCAUCCCACCUCAGGCCGGGGUGUACCAAGCUGUCCUCAGCGUCUCCUCCUGGCCUGCCUCCGCUGAGGCCCAGGCUGUCGCCCGCGCCGAGGUGUUCGCCAAGAGGGUGGUCCUCGUCGCCAUGGCAGAGAACCCUGCUCUGGAGGUGGAUGCGGGGAAGUGUGGCAGUCUGGACUUCGGAGACCUGGCGGGUGGCAGUGCCAAAGCUCUCCCUCUGAAGCUGCUGAACAGGACUCACGCCACCGUACCUAUUAGACUGGUUAUCAGUGCUAACGCCACGGCCUGGCGCUGCUUCACCUUCUCCAAGAGUCCCGUUGCCAUGACAGCGGAGGGCUUGCUGCAGGCGGGGACUCUGACAUCACUGGCCGCUCCGUCCGUCAUGAACCACGUGAUGCACGCCAGCUACGGAGAGAAUCCAGAGAGCUUCAUGGUUUGGGUCCACUUCCACGCUCCACAGAAGUACCAGUCCUGUUCAGGUGAUUUAGGUCCAGCGGAUGAGUACAGUGCGCGGGUGGACAUCGAGGUGGACUGUCCAGGCCCCAGUCAUGUGAUCAGGAGCGUCCCUCUCAGAGCCAGGUCUGGAACAGCCAGAGUACACGCCCCUAAAGACCUGCAGAAUGUUAACCUCUCGGCAGCGUUGGGUCAGUCCAGCACGCAGACUCUGCCUCUGAAGAACGCAGGCAACAUUGAUGUUCAGCUGAAACUCAAGAACAGCGGUGGUGAUGGCUGUUUCUCUGUGAGUCCUGUUGACCUGUGUCUGCGUGCCGGGGAGGAGCAAGGCAUUGUGGUCUCGUUCACCUCUCAGGGCGGCAGGAAGAACCGAGAGAGUGUUCUGACCAUCCUGGUGCUGCCGUCUGGUCCUCAGUAUGAGGUGGUUCUGAAGGGACAGGUGGUACCAGAGGAGGGGGUGAACCCUGCUGCCCCUGGUCCGGUCUCUGCCCUGGGCGUGGUGCCCCCCAUCCUCUCCAACAAGCAGUUUGUGGCCUGGGGAGGGGUCACGCUGGGCAGGGCUGUACAACAGAAGCUGGUUCUUCGUAAUAACUCCCCCAACACAACACAUCACCUGCGUCUGCUGAUCCGAGGACAAGACCACAGCUGUUUCCAGCUCCAGAGUAGUUUUGGACAGGAGGAGAGGUUGACCCGACACAGAGAGCUGUCCAUCCGGCCCAGGGAGGAUGUUGUUGUCCACCUGCUGUUUGCCCCAACCCGGGUGGCCUGCACCCUGUCCAAGCUGGAGAUCAAACAGUCUGGAGUACGACCCUCACAGCCUGGCAUCAAGUUCACAAUCCCCCUAUCAGGCUAUGGAGGGACCAGCAACAUUAUUCUGGAAGACCACAGGAAGCGUUCAGACGGCUACGCGGCUAUGCUAAUGGGGGUGGCAGCAGGCCAGGUCUCCAAGCUGUGUGUCUGUGUGAGAAACACUGGGUGCAGGGCUGCCUUCAUUAAGGCUGUUCCCUACUCUGACCUACACACACGCUCUGUCAUGGCCUCCUCGGACAUCAGCCUCUCUCCGUCUCAGUUCGUCCUGAAGGAGAGGACACAGGAGGUGAUCACGGUUCUGAUGAAGGUGACCCAGAGAGAGCAGACUCUGUGUCAGUCAGCUAAUGCCGUCCUGGCCACAGUCUGUCUCUUCUGUGGAGACGAGGUCUCACGACAACAGUUCAGGAGGUUGCUGCAGUCGAAGCCUGAUGCCGGCAGGAAGGUUCUGUCAGAGAACAGUUUGCUGAAAGAACUCCACUUCAACGAGAGGUUCCUGGGGGAGGAGCAGGUCCUGGAGGCCUACGACCUGCCCCAGAGCCCCAACCAGGCCCAGUUGUUCUAUGGGAACCUGCGUAAGGUGGUGUUGUCAGUGCUGGGCAGCACAGAGACCUUGGACUCUGGAAGGACUGACCCCCAUGUCCAGCCCCCCCAAGCUGUCACCAGGAGAGGCUCAGAGGCUGACAGUGGUUUUGGGAACUCAGACCGUCACAUCAGCAACGUGUCUCUGGAUGUACUGCCUGUGAAGGGUCCUCAAGGCCCCGCGUUACCCAGGACAGAGGCCUCUGGGACGGGGACAGAAGCAGGGGACCACAGGGACUCCUGGAGCCUCCAGCCUGAACAGCUGGUCCUCACCUCUCCCACUAUCAACGGAGCCUCCAACACCAGACAUGUCCUGAUCCAGAACCACUCAUCAUCCAGAGAGCUGAGCUUUGAGUUGUCCUGGCCAGCCCACUGUCUCACUGUUACCCCUCAACAUGGAGUUAUAGAACCACAGUGCCACCUCCAGAUCCUCAUCAGUCCUAAUCCGUCCCUAGCAACCAGGACAUCCAUGUUUCCAUGGAGUGGCCAAAUCUAUGUCCAGUGUGACGAUCAACAGAAGUUCAUCAAAGUCCAGAUCCGUCAGGACCUGGCUCUGGAUGUAUCAACGGCCCCAGCAGAGCGGAGCCUAGCCCCCCUUCCUCCUCAGACUGCUAGCCCCAUGCCCACCGCCAUGCUGCCCCCUGCAGGCCAACCCCCCCUGACCAGGACAGCCACUGUAGAGAUCAGUAACCGUACCAUCGUGUUUCCUGCCACGCCCUCAGGAGAAACCUCAGAGUCCUCUGUGGAGGUGGAGAACAGAGGAGAGCAGGUGAGGUGGUACCUGUCUUCCUUCGCCCCUCCCUAUGUGAAGGGGGUGGACGGCAGUGGGGAUGUGUACCGGGCCACCUACACAGCCUUCAGGUGUCCCAGAGUCUCUGGCACCCUGGGAGCAUACCACAAGAUGCAGGUGCCCAUCACCUUCCUGCCCAGGGACCGAGGGGACUAUGCUCAGUUCUGGGACCUGGAGUGUCACCCAGUGGCCGAGCCUCAGCACAAGACCAGGAUACGCUUCCAGCUCUGUGGCACUGGUGUGAAGGUUGGUCCAGAGGUGGCUCCUCAGGAAGCAGACUGUUCUCUGGUGAAGACUGAAGCCUUUAAGACCAGGAGAAGACCUGACCCGGUUGCAGAUGGGGGCAUGACUGGUCAGGAGGGGGCUCUGUGUAGGGGUGUAUACGCCCCCCAGGACCACUACUCAUUCUCCCCUACCAGGGUGGGGGAGACCAGCACACUGAAGGUCAACAUGAGAAACAACUCCUUGGAAACGCAUGCGCUGGUGUUCCUAACCCCUAAAGAGCCCUUCCACAUCAAGCAUUACAAAUAUUCCCUCAGAUCCCAACGCUACAUCCACCUGCCAGUCCAGUUCAAGCCGGUUGUAACUGGCAACCACUCCAGCCUGCUGUUGGUUCAGACGGAUACCAGUGGACACAUCGCUAUCCAGCUGACUGGUGAGGCCCUGCCCUGACUGGCCAAGAGGACUGCUGGUCUGGGUCAGGGAGGACUGCUGGUCUGGGUCAGGGAGGACUGCUGGUCUGGGUCAGGGAGGACUGCUGGUCUGGGUCAGGGAGGACUGCUGGUCUGGGUCAGGGAGGACUGCUGGUCUGGGUCAGGGAGGACUGCUGGUCUGGGUCAGGGAGGACUGCUGGUCUGGGUCAGGGAGGACUGCUGGUCUGGGUCAGGGAGGACUGCUGGUCUGGGUCAGGGAGGACUGCUGGUCUGGGUCAGGGAGGACUGCUGGUCUGGGUCAGGGAGGGUUACUGGGUCACUGCAUCUGUCGUGUGGCCCGUACUGGAGCACUGCUGAAGGUCAUAUGGAAGAAUGAACUAUGAAGCCUUUGUCCAAUAUGGCACCCUAAUCUCUAGAUAGUGCACUGCUUCAGGCCCGGCAACGUCUCAUUGGUUCCACUCCUGGCAACGUCUCAUUGGUUCCACUCCUGGCAACGUCCCAACGUCUCAUUGGUUCCACUCCUGGCAACCUCCCAACGUCUCAUUGGUUCCACUCCUGGCAACCUCCCAACGUCUCAUUGGUUCCACUCCUGGCAACGUCUCAUUGGUUCCACUCCUGGCAACGUCUCAUUGGUUCCACUCCUGGCAACGUCCCAACGUCUCAUUGGUUCCACUCCUGGCAACGUCUCAUUGGUUCCACUCCUGGCAACGUCUCAUUGGUUCCACUCCUGGCAACGUCUCAUUGGUUCCACUCCUGGCAACGUCUCAUUGGUUCCACACCUGGCAACGUCUCAUUGGUUCCACUCCUGGCAACGUCUCAUUGGUUCCACUCCUGGCAACGUCUCAUUGGUUCCACUCCUGGCAACGUCUCAUUGGUUCCACUCCUGGCAACGUCUCAUUGGUUCCACUCCUGGCAACGUCUCAUUGGUUCCACUCCUGGCAACGUCUCAUUGGUUCCACUCCUGGCAACGUCUCAUUGGU